CCAGAGCUCCUUGCGCUCGAACUUGAGGAGGAACUCCUCCGGGUAGUGGCUGCUGACGGCAACAUCGCCCCGCCGCAGGCGAAGCCGGUCGCGUAACAGGCGCUCCACCAAGUCCGGUGCCAAGCGGCGAGGCGCGUCAACCGCCCAGGCAAUGGCGGCCGUCUACUCCCAGGAGCGCCUGUCGCGGUCGAUGUCGAAAGUGGCCGCAAUGAUGCAGGUGUCCUCCUUCGGCCUGGACUCCGGCGCGCCGAGGCCAUGCUGCGCCAUGUCGAGCGGGGGCGAGGCGGGGAAGCCUUGGUGGGGGGCGACAUCGUCAACCCAGGAACGGCCCGAGCUCGGCGUGCAGGUGGAGGGAGGGCGCGGCAGAGGCGGAGUGGGUGGCGUCACGUCGCGCACGGAGCAGAACCGGGCGCGGUGGCCAGAGCGGCCGCAGGUAAGGCAGCGUAGGGGCUCGCGGCAGGAGCGGACGUGGUGGUGCUUGCUUAGGCAGCAAAGACACCUCCCCCUCGUCUCCCUUAAGAAGUGCUGCCUCCUCUCCUCGGCCAGGCUGUCGCCGAGCCCGGCCGGACGCCCGUCGCGUCGGAGUAAUGGCGCGUCCCUUCGUGGACGGCGCCUCGAGACCACCGUCGUCCAGGGCGCGGCGCGCCCAUCCCCUCCUGUCGCGCCUUCUGGUGCGGCUUGAAAGUCGCCGCCAUGAAUGCCCCCCUGCAGGCGCAACCACCAUGGAGCGGAGCCAGGGGGCCUUAAAUGCGGCGCCAGACGAGGACGACGCGGCACAAGAGUCCGGUACGAAGCCCUCUGAGCCCACCAGCGAGUCGGGCACGUAGCCAGACGAGACCGGCGAAGCAGAGCGCGGGGGCGAAGUUGAGGCCGGCGUGUCGGAGUGAAUCUGGAUCUGGCUUACCGGGAGCUUGACGAGGCCUGACGCAGCGAUGAUGGAACCCUGGCGCUGGGAGAGGAACCAGGGGGCUUGUGGCGCAAGGAUGGUGGGCUGGAAAGGAGCUGGGGCAGGUUGGCCGGCGGCAACGGCAACGGAGGUGGCGGCGGCAGGGCCGCCGAGCGCGUCGCGGGAGCAACGGCAACGGUCAUUCUCAGUUCGUGUGAUCCUCUAUCGUUUAUGGGAUUAUCUUCGAUCACCUGGGCAGGGAUUUCAAACUAUAGACGAUUUUAGAGACAUUAGCAGUGCGGGAAGCAUUGGCCCUUGCUGAUGAUUAAUGCUAAAAAUGAUUAAGGUUUCAUCGGACUGUCUUCAGGUAGUCAAUGACUUAAAAGGCAAUCACGGGAGAUGCCCACGAAGCUAUACUUAGGGAGGUCAGACUACAUGCACAAGCUUUUGAGGAGUGCAAUUUCAGUCAUGAGAGCAGAUCAAGAAAUCAUGAAGCUGAUAGUCUAGUGAAAUACUCUUUGUACUUAGACAUAGGUAGACGUGUGUGGCUACUUGAGCCGCAUGACACUGUAAUCAUACCUCUGGAACGAGUUAAUCAAUAAAGUUUUAGUUCCCC